CUCAACAGAGCAUUAGUGAUCGAUUGCUUUGGGCUGCCAUCUUUUUCUCUAACCAGGAAGUAACUUGGUUGUUUCUGUUUGCAGCUAGUAUCAAAGCUAAUGCUAGCAUGAGUUCACAUGGUUGCUAGUCGCAGGUAGCUGCAGAUAAACAUUCAGAAACAUGACAGACACAGCAAACGGAGAGGUCUCUGAGGCCAUCACGGUGCACAACUUUUCUGAGAAGGUUUUGGAGCAGGUCGUACACUUCCAUGUGAUGAAGCUGAGCGGCGGGUUCUUCCUGUGGGUCGGUUCGAGUCCGGUUCUGUCCAACCUGGCGGUCUCCAUGAGCAGCAAAUAUGAUUCAAUGCCUUUAUCUACAUUAGUGAUGGGGGACCCGUCCAACACCGCUCCUAAUUCCCUGGCACAGAGAUUAGCAAAGAAGACCAAAAAGCAAGUAUUUGUAAGUUACAGUCUCCCGGUGACAGACUCCAACCUCAGUCUGCUGGUGGAGAACAGGAUCAAAAAGGAGCUGGAGCUUCACCCCGAACACUUUUAAACACGUGUUUAUUGUUUGUGUAGAACUGAGGACAUGUAAGACAUUGUUUUUUGGACUCACACACUCCUUGCCGAUACUGUAAUUGUACUCCAGUAACACAAUAACCACAAACAGCCACAUCAAGUGUUCUUUUAUUGACAUAAUAAAUUAAGUGGUUUAUUAUCAAAACAUGUAGGCCUAUGGCUUUUUGUACAAAUGCAUCAUAUUAAAAAAAUAACACUUAGAAAACAG